AUGGAGACGGACAGCUCCUACCACAAAUGGGACAGCUCAGAGCAGGUGGAACUGACAAUGCAGGGAGCGAGCAGCGUACCUGGGAGAGGCGGUAAAGCUCUUUGCCUCUCCAACUCCACCCAAGGGAAGGCCAUUGCCAUCCUGUAUCUCCUGCUGGCGAUUUGCAUUGCAGUGGCCACAGCUCUCAUUGUGAUGAACCGUGGGAAAUUGUCCCAGGGUCUUGCCGAAGCCCAGCUGGAUCGAGAUACGAUUAGAAGAGAUUCCAAGAGAAAUCUAUCAGAUCACCAGGAUUAUCUAGAGUUGGAGAUGUCAAAAGAAUUCAGUGCAUUUACCAAACAACUGCUUAAAGUGUCCGAGGGUCUUGCUGAAGUCCAGCUGGAUCGAGAUACGGCCAGAAGAGAUUCCAAGAGAAAUCUGUCAGCUCUCCAGGACUAUCUGGAGUUGAAGAUGUCCAAAGAAUUCAACGUGUUUAACAGUCGACUUCUUAAUGUGUCCAAGGAGAUGGCUGGGGUUAGGCUGGGGAUCGAGGAGAUCCAAGCUGAUCACGUGAAAGACCCAUCACAUCUCCAGGACGCCAUAGAGAUAAGGAACCUAACGCACAGUAUGUCGAAGGAGCUGGCUGAGGUGAGAAGGGACCAUGACAGACUCCAGGAGGUCUUGAGCAGGGUGCAGGACGAGUUACAGAACUUCAAAGAAUUCACCUGCAUGAAAUGUCCACCUGGUUGGCAGCGUUUUGAGAAAAGUUGCUACUUCUUUUCAACAUCAACUAAAUCCUGGCAGGACGCUAAGCAGUUCUGUACUGAUCAAGGGUCUGGCCUGGUUAUUGUUAACACCGAAGAGGAACAGACGUUUUUGUCAAACCACAUCACUGAGCCCCACGUGUACUGGCUCGGCCUCAGCGACUCAGCGAAGGAAGGAGAGUGGCGCUGGCUGGACGGCAGCCCCCUGUCUCUUAGGUUCUGGGGGCCCGGAGAACCCAACGAUGUUGGGCAGCAUGGGGAGGACUGUGGCAGCCUCCGCUUUGACGGGAAGUGGAACGAUGCCACCUGCUCCUUCACUGAGAACUGGAUCUGUGAACAGCAGUGCUAG